AUGGCCGAUGAAGUAGUAAAUACCAAGGCUUAUCCACUUGCUGAUGCACAAAUGACUCAAAAACUUCUUGACUUAGUUCAGCAAGCAAUGAAUUAUAAGCAACUCAAAAAGGGUGCAAAUGAAGCUACUAAGACCCUUAACCGUGGUAUCUCAGAUCUCAUUAUCUUAGCUGCUGAUGCUGAACCACUUGAAAUAAUUCUUCAUUUGCCUCUUCUCUGUGAAGACAAAAAUGUUCCAUACGUUUUUGUUAAAUCUAAGGCUGCUCUUGGUCGUGCAUGUGGUGUUACUCGUGCAGUUGUUGCCUGUUCAAUUACACAAAACGAAGGAUCUCAAUUAAAGGGACAGAUCCAAAAGAUGAAAGAAAAUGUUGAAAAACUUUUGAUUUAA